CUCCCCUCCCGCUGCCCCCUAACAGGCUGGGUGUGGACAUAUUGGUAUUUGUGCACAAACUCCUGCUCACUACCAGCUCUUUAAAGUCCAUCUGGAAGGAGGCCAUUUUUCUGGAGCACAGGACAAAAAAUUCUGCCUUUGGACUGCUCGUGUCAAUAAAUGUAUGAGCAGAUCAAAAUCUUGUCUCUCACCCAGACUUUUGCAUGCCUGGCUGAUCCACUGAGAGCGACUGAGCAAAGUACUCCUUCAGUGAAGGCAAUAAACAGAGUUCCAGACAGAGGCGAAAAGCAGCCUAGUUGUGAAGGUGGCAUUUUUCCUCAACCUGAAGAACAGAACUGCAUUACAUUAUGUUCUCCUUUAGUUCACGGGGAAGAAAGAUUAUGGAGAGAACACGGUUUGAAGAAUCAAUAUUUUUCUUACACAAAACUCAUCAGGAGGCAUUUUUGGUCUGGGAGUGCAGCAGGAGGAACAUCCAGACAGUUGUGAGAAGGCAGCAAGCUGGCAGGCAGCUCUCAGUGUGUGUGGUUGACCUGUCUGUGCUACAUGAGGUGGCCCUGGUUAUUGGACCCGAACAUCAGUGUCACAGUGUGCAUGACAGGACAGACAGUGACCCUGACUCAUGUUUCUGGGUGUCAUUUUCCUAUGGUCUAGGUUGCUUCCAGCUCCUAAAUGCUUACCCUCCUGAAAUCUCAUUCUACAGCACUGCUGCUAUGAUGGGUAUUUAUUAUGUCUGUUUUCUUUCCUCUGAUCAGGACCUGCAGUCCCCAGCUUGGCUUUAACCUUUCAGAUGGAGUGAAGAGAAACAGCUUUUUGGCCAGAAGCAACUAAAUACCCAGACAGUAGACUGCUCACAAGCAGGUGACAGGACCGUGGGUGACAUGCAGAACGGCAGCCAGCAUCAGGAAAGUCCUGUGAGAGCUGAACCGCAUCUGUGUUCCCCCAGGAAGCUCACAGGAGAUACCUUGCAGGACACCGAUCAAAGACAAGACUGCAAGCAGGAGUUGGAGACAGAAAGUGAGAUGGAGACGUCUUUUGCAAAGAGACAGGGAAUGGUAACUCCCUAUGGGAUGGAAAUCUGGGAAUGCGAGGACAGCGGUAGAGGCCACAUCAGCAAGGUUAUCCUUGCUGGGGACAAGCCUGACCCACCCAUGUGUGGGAAUGGUGCCAUUUGGAUUCAGCAGGUGGAAGAGAAAACCUAUGAGUGUCCUGAAUGUGGGAAGAGCUUCAGCCGGAGUUCUUAUCUGAGCCAACACCAGAGGAUCCACCUGGCAGAGAAACCCUUCAGCUGCUCUGAAUGUGGGAAGAGUUUCACCCGCAACUCGGACCUGAUCAAACAUCAGCGGAUCCACACUGGUGAGAAGCCCUACCAGUGCAACGAGUGCAAGAAGACCUUCAGCCAGAGGUCCAACGUGAUCAGGCACCAGCGGACCCACACGGGAGAGAGACACUACCUGUGCAACGAGUGCGGGAAGAGCUUCAGCCAGAACUCGCAUCUCAUUGUCCACCAGCGCAGCCACAAGGGUGAGAAACCCUUUAAUUGCCUCCGGUGUGAGAAAAGCUUCAGUGACCGUUCCUCCCUGAUCAUACACCGGAGAGUCCACACCGGAGAGAAGCCCCACAAAUGCCAAGAGUGCGGGAAGUGUUUCCGGGACAGCUCGGCCAUCAUUCGGCAUCAGAGGAUUCACACGGGGGAGAAACCAUACGAGUGCACCGAGUGUGGGAAAACCUUCCGGCAGAGCUCCUCGCUGGUGACCCACACACGGACACACACGGGCGAGAAGCCCUACAAGUGCCCUGUGUGUGGGAAGGGCUUCAGCCAGAGCUCGGCGCUCACCACUCACCGCCGGAUCCACGGUGGACAGGCCCUGCCCAUGUACCACGGCGGCCUCCUGCCUAACCCCUACCAGUGCACCGAGUGCGGCCGGAGGUGCAGCGACCACUCCACCCUGGCCAAGCACCAGAGCACACAUGCCGAGGAGCGGCCCUUCAUCUGCGUGGAGUGCGGGGACAGCUUCCGGCGGAGCUCGGCUCUCAAUGUCCACCUGCGGAUCCACCGUGGGGAGAGACCCUACAAGUGCGAGGAGUGCGGAAAAACGUUCAGGCACAGCUCGGCCCGCUGUGCCCACCUGAGGAUCCACGCGGGAACCAAGCCCUACGAGUGCGUCGAGUGUGGGAAAAGCUUCCGGAAAAGCUCAACACUUAGAGUGCAUUUGAAAAUCCAUGUGGCCAAGAAACCCUAUAAAAGUGUGGUGGGUAGAAGAGUGCUCGCUUUCCGCUCACUUCUGCCAUAAGCCUGGAAUGGCUGUUCAGAGCAGGAAACUAGUGUUGGGGCUACCUUAAAAAGGUGGGUAAUGAGAACCACGGUGUGAAGAGACUGACUGGAGACACGGUAUCUCUGGUGUUAGGGCUGGGUGCUAAACCCCAGUGGCCCAAGAACUAUUAGGAAGUCUGGAAACAGGGAGUUAGUCCUAAGAGCUGAGUGCUGGUGGUUUAGGAAGAGUGCCAGGAAUGUGAGGAAUGAGCACCAGCUUCAGGGUAAAUCAGGGACUGAGAAUAUGUGGUAGAAUAAUAGCUGGGAGAAUUGGGCUUGUAAAAUACAACAGAAGUGAAGAUCGUAAUAAAAUGUUUCAGGUUGGUUCUGGCUCAAAACUUAAGCUUGUUAGACACUGUAGUAGUCUUAGGAACUGAACUCUCUUAUUAUUACCUUCCCUUAUUUUUCAUGAAUAUAGUCAAUUUACCCAGUGUUUGACGGGGCAUUUUCAAAUCUUUUGAGUCUGAGACUUUGGAGCUGAACUUCAGUCUAUUUUGUCUUUUCCAAAUCUUACAUGGGACAGUGAGUUCCUACCUCGUGAUAGGUAUGUACCCAGAAAACAUGGAUGUGGAAGUGUUUCCAGUUGAAAAGCAGCCCAUUAAUAGUCUGUGACAGCUUCUCCCAGAUUUCUUCUUGCUGAUUUGAAACUCCUUCCACUUGAGACAUCAAUGAAACAUGGACAAAAAUGUGGCCUUUUUUUAUUUAACCAAAAACCAGGAUUUUUCCCCUAGAUGUCCUAGUCUGAAAUGUUACGUGAUGAGUUCUUACUGCCUUGCAGUAA